GCUAUUGAAGGGCGGGUCUUGGCGUGGCCAUAGUAGGAUUGGUAAAUACAUACGCGGCUGGGACACCAUGUAGCUAAUAAUAACGCCAAACGCUGUCAUGUCGGUGUUGUCCCUCGCCAUUCUGCUGCUGGUCAGAGGGUUUACCUUUUCUGCGGCAGGCAACUGUGAAGUGUGUGUGGACUUUCUCUACAGAUUGUAUGGCAGUCUGACGUCAGCCCACAGUGAGCUCACUUCUUCCCUGGUGGAGGAAGAGCUGAUCCAGGCCUGCGCUGUCGCCCAGGGGAAGGAAGCGAGGCUGUGUUACUACCUGGGAGCCAGUAGUGACGCAGCGACCCGCGUCACAGCAUCAGUGUCUCGACCCCUGGCCUCCCAUGUCCCCGUUGAGAAGAUCUGCCAGCGCCUCAGCAGCAGAGACACGCAGAUCUGUCAGCUCAGAUAUGAGCCUCAGCCGAAGGAUCUGAGCAGCGACGGGCUGAAAAAGCUGAGAGUCUUGGAGCUGAGGAACAUUCUAGCCUCGUGGGGUGAAGAGUGUCGAGGCUGUCUGGAGAAACACGAGUUUGUCAGCCUCAUCCAGGAGAAAGCACCGCUGCAUGCUCACAGUACGGAACUUUGAACUAGUAACUUCUGCCCCUUCUCAUCCCCACUGCAAAAAAGUCAAUUUUCUCUCACUCCAUUUUCAAGAAUAUGCACACUGCAAUCACUACACUGCACUGUUCCAUACCGCCACUCACAAGAAACAUCGGUUUGUUCGCUGGUACAAGUGUUUUCCAAGCUGAAGGUAGUUGUACGUCCUGGGGAAAACAUUUUUCUCCAAAUUGGCAGUAGAGUUCUGAAAUGUAGUUUACAUCCAGCUGCUACCAUUUCCUUUGAGCCACAUUAUGCAGCCUGACAGACGACAUGGUGGGAAAAAUAAUCAUUUGAAUGCAUGAUUUACUAACUCAUGCUCCCACGUGACUUAACUUGUAUCUAUUUGUGCUAAUGUGUACCUGACUGAUAGCAGCCACACCGAUAGCAGCAUUAAUGCUUUUGUCUAUAGAAUGUCAUCAAAUAGUCAAAAUGACCAUUAAAGGUGCAGUAGAUAAGACUUCUAAAACUAACUUUCUGUCAUAUUAGCUGAAACUGACCCUAUGUUCCAGUAGAACUACAUGAAGC